AUGGCUGCUGCCGGCGAUUUCAACUCGGCCUCGCAGCAGUUCCUCUCCUGGUUCCAAUCUCUCCAGGGCGCCACAUUCCACGAAGACAUUCAAAUCGUCGACCUGAGAGGUCAGAAUGCUGGACGUGGCAUCAUUGCCACAAAGGACAUUGCCCCUGAGACAGUCCUUUUCACCAUCCCGAGAAAAAGCAUCAUUAACACUGAGACAUCCGAGCUGCCCAAGAAGAUCCCCCAAGUUUUCACUGGAAACGACGGCGACGAUGAGGACAUGGAGAACGAGCCCCUCGACUCGUGGGGUUCUCUCAUUCUGGUCAUGAUCUACGAGUAUCUUCAGGGCGAUGCCUCCCCUUGGAAGCCGUACUUUGAGGUCCUACCCGACAAGUUUGACACCCUUAUGUUCUGGGAGUCUUCCGAUCUUGAGUGGCUCAGGGGAAGCGCGGUUCUGUCAAAGAUUGGUAAGGACGAGGCGGACGAGAUGUUCCGCUCGCGGAUUCUGUCCGUCAUCGCAGCCAACCCGACCAUCUUCUUCCCUCAAGGUGUGGCACAACCGAGUGAGACGGAGCUGCUGCAGCUGGCUCACCGGAUGGGAAGUAUCAUCAUGGCAUACGCCUUCGAUCUGGAGAACGAGGAGGAGCCUGAGGAAGAGAAUGAAGAAUGGGUCGAAGACCGCGACGGCAAGACGAUGCUGGGCAUGGUGCCGAUGGCCGACAUCCUAAACGCCGAUGCCGAGUUCAAUGCACACGUCAACCACGGAGAGGACGACCUCAGCGUCGUCGCCCUCCGACCCAUCAAGGCCGGAGAGGAAAUUCUCAACUACUAUGGUCCUCACCCCAACUCGGAACUGCUCAGAAGAUAUGGCUACGUCACCCCCAAGCACUCUCGCUACGACGUGGUUGAGAUCCCGUGGGACCUCGUCCAGUCCAUCCUGACCGAGCAGCUAAGGCUGACUGACGACGUCUGGAAGCAGCUGGCAGAGCACGUGGACCCCGAAGAUUUCGAGGACGUCUUCGUCCUGGAGCGCGACUCCGGCGAGCCGGACUCAGAAGGCCGUCUCACGACGCCCGCCAAGGUCCAGGAGGUAUCCGCAGAGCUGGAGGAGCAGCUGAAGGCUGUCCUGAAGGCGAUCAAGAAGGUCCGCGGCGACCUCAUCCCCGACAAGAGGAAGCGCGACGAGGUCUAUCAGCACGUUGUGGCUGCUGCGCUGCAGAAGCUAUUGGCGCAGUACCCGACAACAGCAGAAGAAGACGAGGCUCUGCUGGCAUCCGGCAAUCUGACUUCUCGCCAGAGGAUGGCCGUCGAGGUCAGACUCGGCGAGAAACGCUUACUCAAGGAAGCGCUCCAGAUGGAUGGUUCUGGCCACGGGAAUACGGUGGAAGAAAUCCACGACGAGGGCCAGGAGAGAUCGUCCAAGAGGGCGCGCACAGCACAGUGA